GGAGGAUAAAAAGGGUCUGCAUCAUGUCGGUCAAAAAGAUGCGGAGUGUUUACAAAGAAGUGAUAGGCACUUUAACUCCGAAGUAUAUCAUUGAAAACAAUACUGAUUUGCCUCCGCUGACAAGGUAUUCUGUUUUGAUUGAAGUGAAAGCAUGCUCACUUUCGGAAGUCGAUGUGAAGUUGAUGCAGCUUGUCAGUCGAGACUCAUCUCCUACUAAUUACAGUGUGGGAAAAGACAUCUCAGGCAUCGUUCGGGAAGUCGGAAAUGCCGUGAGUACGCUAAAGCCGGGAGAUGAAGUUGUGGGAAUAAUUCCUCUUGAUUAUGGUUUCUCUGGUUGUGCAGAAUAUGUCGUGCUUCAUGAAUUUGAUAUCACUAAGAAACCUGAAACAGUCAGCUUUGUUGAUGCAGCUGCCUGCAUCGGUGAUGCUGUUCGCUCGUACACAGCCCUCCAUUACUUAGGACGCCUGAGCCACGGUGAUACAGUACUGAUCAUGGACGGUGCCUCAGCAUUCGGUAGUCUCUGCAUUCAACUGGCUCACCACUGGGGAGCAAAAGUAAUCACCACAGUGAGUUCCGAGGAUGAAAAACUGUACCUAGAAGGUCUGGAAGAUCAGCUGGCCCUGGUUAUAGACCUCAGGAAAAAAUCUCACUCUUUCCGGAGCGGGAAUUUCAGAAACGGGAACAGUGAGAUGAUAUGGUCUGCGUGCAUGGAGGAAUCGGGAGGACUUGGAGUCGAUUUGAUAAUUGACAACGGGGUCACUCUCUUCGCGGACAAUGAAUACAGGAUACUGACUAACGACAACUACACCUAUCCAGUUCCGAGCAAACAUGAAAUCAUAUCGGCGCUCUCCGUCGGGGGGCGAUGGAUUACAUCAAAAGAAAAUCUUCAGCUGGAUCCACCAAAUUCAAGAUUACUCUUCCUGAAAUGUGCAAGUCUUGGGUUUUUGUUUGAGCAUGCUUGGACCCUAUCUUCUACACAGCAAGGACAAUAUCUUCACAUUCUAAUGGACAUCAUGGAAAAAGUUGCUGAUGGUGUCAUAAGGCCAAAUGUUUACCAUACCGUGUCAUUCGACUCUGUGCCAGAAACAAUGAAAAAAUUGCCAAGUGUUCGAGUUGGAAAGAUUGUAAUGAAGAUGGAUUGAGGGAGUUAUUAAUCAUUUAUAUAGAUAUUUUAUUUAUUCUAGUAUUGAUUUUUCAUUUCAAGUAGCUGGGUCAUAUGCAACAUCAAUAUAAAAAAUAGGUGUCAUCUAGUUUAGAACAAUUGUUUCAUUGUUUGCCACUAAAUGUAAAAGUCUUUCAUUACGUCCAUUUCUUUUUUUUUUUUAUUUCUCCAUUUGUACUAAUUCAAUUUCUUGUUUACAUCUGAACAUAAAUUUGUCAGUAUAUUCUUCUGAGACAUAUUACACAUUUUUAAGAAGGUUUACAUUCCAUAUUAAAUUGGGUGAUUAAUAUUAGGUCAUCUGUAGUUCUAGUUAGCUAUUUUUAUAGAUGGCAGGAAUCAAGUGGCGAGAAAUCAGUUAAAACCUUAAAUUCAGUGGCGCCAUCUGUGAAAUAACUAAUUGCAAGUGGUAAAUCGCCUAUUACAUUAAAACUUAUACUGUUUAUUAUAUAACAAGGUUUUUAUACAUGCUACAUCAAAUUUCAAUAAUGAUAAAAUUCAAUUAUUAAUGUAGUGUUUUCAAAAAUUUUUCUUUUCCUGCUUCAAAAUUUAAAAAUUAUAUUUCGAAAGUUCUGCCAAAACAUUUAUUUUCAAGUAUACUUUAGCCUCCAGUUUGAAGUAGUUAGCAAACUAGUCUUCUUGCUGGUGUCCUUUCUGGAAUUUUUCUCGUACAGUUUUAGUUAGCCACAUAAGAAUAAUUAUGGUUUUGCUUGUCUAAUUUUUUAGAACAGUUUCAUAGAGUUGAUUAUGUAUGCUCAUAAGCAUGCAUGUAAUAUUUAAACCAUGAAUAGACUAACCGUAAAUAUUGCACACAAGUUACAAAGUUUUAGGUACUCAAGUAAUAUAUUCCGAAAUAAAAUAAAUAACAUUCACUUAUGUAAUACAAAUUGAAAGUGUGUUUAGUGAUGCUUUUGGAAACUUGUUUUUUCAUACCAGUUUUACGUCAAAAUAAAUCUUUUCAAAAGAAAAAAAAAGAGAUGAACAUUUUUGUAACUUUGUUUUCUAUUUUAUGACACAUCGUAUCUUGUUGUUAAAAUACUUAUUUCUAGUGAAAAUUAGUUUUACACAUUCCUACAAAAAUUUUGAUUGUAAUUUUGUUUGAUAAAUCUUUCAAACACAGAAUUGAAAAAUGAAAUUUAAAAAAAUAAUAUUGAAAUUGAAACAUCAGUUUCCUCCCAUUAUUUGCUAUUCAACAUCUUUCAUGUUGACAAAACAAAAAAAUCUUCUGUUUUUCAGUGCUUAUUAUUCAUGCCAUCAGAUAAGAAUAUCUGCUUAUUUUUCGUUCCUAUUUGGUUAAAUGAACUAAAGCGAGACCGCUUUCUGGAAAAACAUUAUAAAUCAUCCAAAACUCAUAUUUUACUGAAAAUAGUUAGGUACACAAAUUUAUUUUUUACUAGUUUGCUUUAAGCUUAGGUUGUUGUUCUAGUAACCCUAUAACUAGUAACCCUACUAGUUAUACAGAUAAACUAGUAAAACUAACUCGUAAUACUACUUGUCCUGUGGAUUUUUUUUUGUGUCAUUUAUUUAUAAAAAAAUAUUUCUUUUUUGCUGUUUAAUCAGGAUAAAUUUUUUUAAAUAAUCGAGUGAUUGAAAAAUUAUUAUUUUUAAACUAAAGUUUUAAGUGUGUAAGAAGAAAGAUAAAUAGCAUGGUAUUUGGACACUAUUGGUUGCAUAGUUCUUAUUCUCUGGAGACAAUAGUUUUAAACUUAAUAAAUAUUGAAAUAAUAUUUAUUAAUAAUUCUUAUUUCUCCCUCCUCUCUUUUUAAGGCACAUUGAUGUUUGCUCAAUUGAGUAGAACUUUUCUUUUUUCCACACUGCGUAAUUCUUUAGAAGUUUCUUACAGUGCUGAAAAUGCAGUAAUGUACGUCCAAACCAGAUUUUGCACCAAGUCGCCAAAACUUUUGUCUGCAAAAAUUGCACAGCACCCUUAAAACUGGAAUAGUUUCAAAAUUAAAAAAAAAAAGAAAAAAAAGUCUUAUAAAAUGUAGUUUUAUUUUCAAAUCAAAUACAGACAAUUUUAUGCAUUUAAUAACAAAAAAAAAUAUAUACAUCUAUAAUGGUUCAUGUUUAAUGAUUUGUUUAUGUCAGUAUGUUAAUUUUUCACAAAAUAUUUUUUUCUCCUCUUUAUGAGAUUAACAGGUAUGUAAUUUUAUGGAACUUGUGUUAAAAGUUCAAUCAUGAGUGUGGUUGUUUUUUAAAUGAAUUUAUCAUAUUUUUUACUCAAAUCACAGUUGAAAAUCACUGUGCAAACUAAUAUGUAUUCAUGUCAUAUUUAAGGGAUUUUUGAAAAAAAAAAGAUUUAGUUUUGAUACAUUGCUCAUUUACAUUGCUCAUUUGUUGUUCAUUAUAUUAAUUUUCAUUUUUUAGUCAAUGUAGUUCCUUUUAUCAUUUUGCAAUAAUUCCAUUACUCUGAAUUAAAACCUUUGAAAUACAAAUAAUACAAAUACAAAUGUGACGACCAGCAACAGGCUGUGGGUCCCGCUAGACUGGUCCUAGUCAAUCAAUUAGUCCUAAAUGAAGAUCAAUGGCCCUCUUAAAGCUAUCCACCCCCUUGCUCAUUACCGCCUCUUCUGGUAAGCUGUUCCAAGUGCCCACAACCCUACUAAAGUAGUAGUUUCUCCUGAUUUCCAAGUUAGCCUGAGAUUCAAAUAGCUUAAAACAAUGACCUUUCGUCCUGCUUUCGGUGCAAAAAUUUAAUUCAUUAACAUAAUUCAUUUUCACCCUUCUUUGAACCCUUUCCAAUACAGAAAUAUCUUUCUUCAGAUAAGGCGACCAAAACUGAACAGCAUAAUCCAAAUGAGGUCUUACUAAACUCCUACAUGAAGGCAGAAGAACCUUCUUAGAUUUGUUUGAAAUAGAUCUAUUGAUAAAUCCAAGCAUUUUGUUGGCUUUGUUACUUGCAAUUUUUAUGAAUCGCAAACCACUUCAAGAUAGUAGCAAUUGCUAGUCAAAAAGCCAAAUGCAGAAUCUAUAUCUUGAAUGCUUUUUUUCUUCUUUGUUUUAUGGAAUGUAAUUUUAAUGCAUUCAAACUGUUCCAUUUUAUAACAAGAGACAUUGAAGGAAGAGUUGAAAAAAAAAAAAAAAUGCAUCUGUUUCUUUAUUUAAGAGCAACUGCUAGAGUAUAUUUUUUAAUUUGUCAUUUGUUAUGUAAAAUUAAUUAAUAAAUCAUUAAUUUCACUAAGGAAAUUCUUGUAAAUUUUAUGAGCUUUUCAUAUGAAUAAAAUUCUCUUUCAUAUGAGAUAACCAACACUGCAGCAAAAAAAAAAAAAAAGUUUUGUUUUUCUUGUUGAUUUUUAAACAGU